CCCUCAACAUACAGAAGCUGAGGCUUUCCUGUUGGUGUGUGCAUUUGCCCUUCCUUGGUGCCUAAAGUUUGCACGCAAGAAACCAAAGGAGAGCUCUGACGACGAAUGAAUGAUGGAACUAUUAUCUGUUUGAGGCCGAGAAUUUUUUAAAGGAAAUUUCUGAACGAAAACAGUAGAUAAGUCUUCAUACUUUCUGUGCAUCUCUCGUGGAGGUAAAGAAGACCUGAAAUGGUUUGGUUUAUUUAGGAACUACUUAAAUCCCAGACUGACGGCUUCUUUUUUUUUUUUGUGACGAGCUGACUGACCCAGUUUGAGACGGUCCCAGCAUCAUGGAGAAAUUCAAAGCGGCCAUGCUUCUAGGUGGUGUUGGUGAUGCUUUGGGCUACAGGAAGGGCCGCUGGGAGAGCUGCACGUCGGGCAAGAAGAUCCAAGAGGAACUGGCCGCCAUGGGUGGACUGGGGGCCCUUAAACUGGAUCCUGACAACUGGCCCCUGAGUGAUGCAGUGCUGAUGCACAUGACCACAGCAGAAGCACUCAUAACAGAUUACUGGUGUCUGGAGGACCUGUACCGUGAGUUGGUGCGUCUCUAUGUCGAAGCCAUGGUGUGUCUCCAGGGGAGAAGCCCUGAUCCUGCCACAGUGGAGGGCUGCGGUCAACUCAAACCCCACAACUUCCUGCUCGCCUGGCAUACACCUUUUAAUGAAAAAGGGUCUGGGUUUGGGGCCGCGGCCAAAGCCAUGUGUGUGGGUAUGAGAUACUGGCAGCCUGAGAGACUCGAAAGCCUCGUGGAGGUCAGCAUCGAGACUGGCAGAAUGACCCACAAUCACCCAACAGGCUUCCUUGGCUCCCUGACAACGGCACUGUUUGCAUCUUAUGCGAUCCAGGGAAAACCUCCUGUGACCUGGGGCCGUGAACUCAUGAAGGUGAUCCGUAGUGCCGAAGAGUACUGCAGGAAGACCAUACGGCACAUGGCAGAGUAUCAGGAGAACUGGUUCUAUUUUGAGGCUAAGUGGCAGUUUUACCUCGAAGAGCGAGAGAUAGACAAAGAGGGGCAGAACAAGCCUUCGUUCCCUGAUCACUAUGACGCUGACGACACGGAUAAAAUGUACAAGCGCUGGAGCUCAGAGGGUCGCGCAGGCCGGAGGGGUCACGAUGCUCCCAUGAUAGCCUACGACGCUCUCCUGGCUGCGGGGAGUGACUGGGAUCAGCUCUGUAAACAAGCUGUAUUUCAUGGAGGUCAAAGUGAAGCCACAGGCCUGAUUGCAGGAUGCCUUUAUGGCCUCAUGCACGGCCUGAGCCAAGUUCCCCAAGGCCUCUACCGGGAUUUGGACAAAAGAGAGCGCCUGGAGGAGCUCGGAGAGGCGCUGCACAAGGCAGCAUCUGCAGAGAAAUGCGCAGACAAAGCAGAUUCUGAGAGAACAGAAAUCAGCCCUGAUGCCAGUUUAUUACGGAAGUUGAUAAGAGACCCAAGAUGCCGCCCAGUCCUUCGAGGGAUUUUUGAGAAUCUCCUACAGUACCUUUUACAAGAUCUUCCCAAAAGAUCUUCCGAAAAAACAACACUGCCAGGGUCUGUUCCUGUUACUCAAGACGACACAAGGAAUUGUUUUGAUCAGCCAAAAGCGAGUUCUACGGAUCAGAUGCAGCUUCAGACAAACUGCGAGGUGGUCAAGGCAAAAACUGCUGGCACUUUUUCCGAUUCUCAAAAGUGCCAAAAAAUCAAAUCCAACGGAGAGCAUAGAGCAGGAGAUCUAAUAUCGAGGCGCCUUACCACAUUCCAGCUCCUCCAAUCUAAAUUCCUGAGGUCCUCACCAAAACCCCAUAUAACCCAUCAGAGAGAGGUUGGAACUCUGUCCACCAGCAGAGGAAGGCCAUGUCACUGUUACCCCAUUCAAGAUGGAAAACACAACAUACACAAGAAGGAUGAGGCUAAAAGACAAGGACUAAAGCGGCAGCGCAGUGUGAAGGAUAUAAUAGCAAAAUUUGUUCAUGCAGAGCAAAACAAACAAACGGUGAAAACUAUGAAAAAGCAACCAAUCAAACCAAGACAAAUCGGGAAAGGGAUCCUCUUGUCUUCUUUAAUGGAAAAGUUUGAGAGUAUAGCCACUGUGUGUAAAGGGAAUGACUUCAAAUGUUUGGAUAAAAAGCCUCUAAAAGACAUUAUGGUUCCAUCCAAUACAAAAGAGAAGGUGGCUUGUCUUGAAAGGAAGCAACAAGAAGUGGUAGAACCAACUGUCUGCAAACAAAACCCACCCAGGCUGACAAAAAGUGAUACUUCCUUGCAGAAGUUUGACGGGAUCCCUAUCGUAACUGUACAAGGCCAAAGGCCAAGAAACAAAAGUAAUUUGAAAGCAGAGAAAAUAGAGAAACAGCCACCAGUUAAAGAGCUUUUCAGUUCGUUAAAACAUAUGAAGGGUCAAGUCCCUGACAUCGGUCUUAAGGAUCGGAGGUCAUCAGAAUUCAUUCAAAUUCAUGCAAAAGUUGAUCAAACUAAGGAUGUUCCACGACAGGUCAAUUAUGGAUGUCAGGAGUGCCUCUCGUUAACAUCUGUGAGUGAGUGGUCAUUCCCAAAACCCCACACACUUGUCCUGCAGGCAGAACCGCCAGCGAGCGCUCCGGUGUGGUGCUCAUCUGUAGACUCCUCUCCCGGACAAUAUCUGAACGAAAACAAACCUGAGGCUUCUGAAAGCCAAAACCUGAGCAUAGUAACAAGAAAAACAUCAGACAACUCUCAAGGAAACCUACAGUUCUCUUCCAGUGAGUCAGCAGCAGGUGAAGCAGUCAUGAUAUCUGACAAUGACACCAUGCCCACACACCAGAUGUCCUCCACAGACACGUGUUAUAAAACUAUGGCCAGCAAAGACUUGUAUCCCCUAAGACCGAUGUCAAGUCAAAGAGAGUUUCCCAAAUAUGUCAUCCCACGUGUUCACGGAGUCAAUAAAAACAAUAUUGAUCAAAUUAUUUCCUCCUCUCAAUCUCCUCCGACCACAGAUCUGCUGUCAAAACCCCAUUCAUCAGAAACUGCUCCUAGCACCUUGCUAAAGACGAUGGAAGGUUUAUCUUUUGAGGAAUCAGCAAAAGGUGAACCACAAGAGGAAGGAAAAGAAGGUGCCAAAAUACUGACAGAGAAGGAUAAAAUAAUUAAUUCUGAAGACCGGGAGAUCUCUGUGCUAACAGUACCUCAAUUUCAGCCUGACAGAGACAACGUAAAACAGAGACCAAAGUACACAACCAUCUGCUAUGGGGAUCCUUCAGUCAAGCAAACAUAUAAACCCAAAAUCAUACGAUUUACAGACACCUUUACCUUUUAA